AUCACCACCAAUUCGCCCUCCUCGCCGCCCACUUCCUCUCCCUCCCUCCCCGCACGCGCGCGCUCUCCGCCCGGCAGGCCGUCGACCUCGCCGUCCGUCGAGGUGGCCGCCGGCCGUCGCGAGGAAUCGCCGCUCGCCGGGAUCGGGGGAGCCGCCGCCGCGUCUCCAUCCCAUCCAGACACAGCCUCCUAGGCCACUCGCUCAGCGCUCGAGAGCCCAGAUCCCCCGCUAUAUAGAGUCCCCGUCGACCCUUCGCCGCCGCGCCGGCCAUGGAUUUCAUGAAGGCCUUCGAUCAGACCGUAAGGGAGAUAAAGAGGGAGGUCAAUCUCAAGGUGCUCAAGGUCCCCGAGCUCGAACAGAAGGUCCUUGACGCGACAAGUGAUGAACCUUGGGGUCCACACGGGUCUGCUCUUUCAGAGCUAGCUCAGGCCACCAAGAAAUACUCUGAGUGUCAGAUGGUGAUGGGUGUCCUCUGGGCCAGGCUGGGUGAGCGAGAUGCAAACUGGCGUCAUGUGUAUAAGGCACUGACGAUUAUUGAGUACUUGAUAGCGAAUGGUUCUGACCGGGCAGUUGAUGACAUUCUCGAUCAUUAUUCAAAGAUCUCGGUUCUUUCGAGUUUUGAGUUUGUGGAACCUAAUGGAAAAGACUCUGGAAUAAAUGUGAGGAAGAAAGUGGAAACUCUGGUGGGGAUCAUCAAUGAUAAGGAGAGAAUAAAGGCUGUGAGAGAGAAAGCGGCUAGUAACCGUGACAAGUACGUUGGGUUAUCAUCAACCGGGUCAUACAGAUCAAGCUCAGCCUCUGGAGGUAGCAACUACAGUUCAGGUGAACGCUAUGGCAGUUUUGGUGGCACAAGGGAGGCUGAUUCGUUCAGUAACAGUUACAGGGACAAAGAACCUGUUAAAACCUCUUCAAGUAAUACUGGCAGGCGCAGAUCUGGCAGCAAGAUAAGAAAGGACGCGGAUCAUGAUAGAAGCUCCUCGAAGUCCCCAUCUAACACAAAAGGCAAUGAGGAUGAAUUUGAUGACUUUGAUCCUCGUGGAUCUUCUUCAAAUGGUGCAGCUAAUACAAAGACUGCCGAGGUGGAUCUUCUUGGCCCAAACUUGCUGGAUGAUUUCCUUGACGAGCCUGCAGCCACUCCAGCAGCAAAAAGUGCUGUAGAACCUCAGGUUGAUCUGUUUGCUGAUGCAGAUUUCCAAUCGGCAAUCCCAGGUGCCGAAACAACUGCGCAUCAGGAUGUCCAGGAAACUGUUGACCUUUUUUCGGGAAAUGCUACCUUUGCUUCAGCAUUUCCACCAGAGACUGGGUUUAUCCAACCACCAACUUCUGGGACACCUUCUAAUGCUAAUACUUCCGUGUCCAAGAACACAGUACCUGAACCAUUUGAUCCUUUCGGUGAUAUUCCUUUAAGCAGUUUUGGGGGAUCUGACCCAUUUGGUGACUUCAGCUCAUCUAGUGCACCACCACCACCUGUACACAGCUCUACUGGAAAUAUCAGCACGUCGAGUCAGAACCUUGAGGCAGCAUCGGACUUUGGUGCCUUUGAAUCAAACACCGUGGAUACAGCUAAAGACCCCUUCGACUUUUCUUCCACUGGCAAUUUUGGCAAAGCAGAUGUAGCACCUUUGGCAGCUCCCAAAACUGAUGCGUCUGAUUUUGGUGCCUUCGUUGCAAACACUGUAGAAGCAACUAAAGACCCCUUUGAUCUUUCUUCAAGUAUUAAUGGAAGGGCAGACCAAACACCUUUGGCUGCUCCCAAGCCCAACACCAAGAAAGAAAAUUUUCAGGUCAAAUCUGGCAUAUGGGCUGACUCUUUGAGCCGUGGAUUAAUUGAUCUGAACAUAACUGGACCAAAGAAGGUGAACUUAGCCGAUGUUGGGGUCGUCGGCGGCCUCAGUGAUGGGUUCGACGACAAGGCUCAACCCUCAUGGAACAUGGGUGCAGGGGGAUCUGGCCAACCCUCAUGGAACAUGGGUGCAGGGGGAUCUGGCCAACCCUCAUGGAACAUGGGUGCAGGGGGAUCUGGCCUAGGAAUGUCUGGAAUUCCUCCGACUACGCAAGGCGGUGGCAUCGAGAGCUUGGCAAACUACAACAAGUAUCAGUUUGGUGGCUUCAAAUGAGCUCCAUAGGAGAACAUUUCUAGCACCUGGUGUUUGUUGCUUUUUGCUGGACUGCGCCUUUGGGCGCUUAUUAUCUUUUUAUUGGUUUUGUCAUCUCGCUUUUGUUGACCAUCACAUUGCUUAUAAUUGCCGCAGUAUUCAAGUAUCGUGGUCUUUGUCCAGUGUUGUCACGCAUGUGUUGUGUUUGUCAGGUUUGCGGAUACGCUGCCCUUGUGUCACAUCACGAUUCGAUUCAAUCUUAUGGUUAAUAUGUGCACCUUCUGUAAA